AUGCAGGCCGCAGACCGACGUCGAUUCAAUGGACCGGAGGGAGCUCGACCUCCUCAUUUCAACAAGACAGCAUCGCUGGUAAGUGUGCCCUCCCUGACCCAAUCCAGCCCCUACUACUUUGACCUGAACUCACGAGCAUCCGGAACGUUCCGUACCACACAGAAUCAGGCCCACGAUGCUGCUUCGACCUGGCGCCCGGACGGUCGCACACCCUCGCAGAUCCGACCCCUCUGUGAGCCUACAUCUCCAGGGGCACCAAACUUGUUCCAGAACUCAGGAUUGAAAAUCGGAUUCACAGUCAUGCAAACCGGCCUUGUCAGCGAUGCAUCAGGCUCAGUCUACAUUGAAACGGGCCGGACCAAGGUCAUCUGCGCAGUGUCAGUUCUCUCAUCUAGGCAGCGGUCCUCUCCCAGCUUUCCCUCUCUGACGAGUAAUGUCUCCACAUCUCGUACAGACAUGGACCGAAACCCACAGCGCCCUCGGUCGCCUUUAGUCCGCGAGCCCGCCUCAGCGUCGAAGUCAAAUUCGCCCCAUUUUCCUCGGGCGUUCGGCGAUUCGCUCCUGGCAAGGUACGCACAGAGCUCGUCAAUGCCGAGCAAAUAAUACUCUCCACCCGAGCCAAUAUCAACAAUCCCCUUUCCCUCGCCCAGGAUACGGAAUCAUUGACCCUAUCCAGCGCAGUGCAUCAAGCGAUUCUCCCUUCGCUCUUGCUCGAGACGUUGCCGAAAUCCCAGAUCGACCUAUUCCUCACCAUCCUAGAGUCCGAUGGCAAUGACGAUGAUAUCGCAGCGCAAGUUUUCAACAAAAGUUCUCUCUAGGCGUUGGGGUUACCCGGAGGCUGACCCACUCUCAGCAAGUCCUCGCAGUGGAAUCACAGCAGCCUCCGUGGCACUCGCUAAAGCCGGCAUCCCGAUGCGAGGUCUCGUCGUCGCAACAUCAGCCGUAAGCAAUCCUCCAUUAUCAUCUCAGCCCAUUCCCCAGUUAAUAACCCAUCCCACACUCUACACCACAGGCCCUUCUGUCCCGUUGCCCAACCCAAGCCUUCUUCGACCCCGCCCUCGCCGAAGCACGAAAUUCAAUCGCUUUCGCCACCAUCGCAUGUCUCCCCGCCUUGGGAACAAUCACAAGUCUCACAACGACUGGAUCCUUCCCUAUGAUCGUUUUGGAAGAGGUGCGUCUGAUCCAGCGAAGUGAUCUAACCUCUUGCAAAGCUUGACUCACGUCUUGUGCCCUUGACGAUGCGCAUCAGACUCUCGAAACGGCCGUCAAGAUUUGUGGUCAAUUGCAUGGCGUGGCCAAACAAGCGCUUUUGGACGAUUCGAAUGAGGAAAUUUGA